AUGGAUCCGGUAUCAGUUGUGGGACUUGUUGAGGGCUCCAUCAGUUUGGCUGUGCAAUGCGGCAGUGUUGCUAAAAGCCUGAACAGCCUCGCCGGACAAUACAAGUAUGCUAAGCUUACAAUCUCGACCAUGGUGCAGAACUUGGACAUUAUGCAACUCGCGUGGGAUCGAAUUGGAGCGUGGUCUAAAGACUUUACGCCCACAGACAACAGUGGGUUUACACAUCGCCUAGAAAAUUUCCUGGGCACAGGAUCCAUGGUUCUCGACGCACUGCAGCAAGACUUGCAGUCGUACGAUGCAGCGCAUACGACUUUUGCCCAGCGAUCGCGGCUAGUGUGGAACGAAGGUACCUUGCAGGGCCAUCAAAACCGGAUUAGAGAUCAAGCACAGUCAAUGAGUCUUCUUCUACAGGCAAUUCAACUAACCGACCUACUUCAGCAAUCGAAGAAGCAGUUCAUGAAGUCAGACGAGAGCGCAUUUUCCAUCGUACCUUCGGAACUGUCUUCAAGACUUUCUCUGUCCACUAAUGAAAGCGGUGACCACGACAGUCUCAGGAGCUAUGAGAGCAUUGUUUAUCACCGGCUGAGUUUCGAAGACGAAUUAUUCACUGCCAGAGUCUACAAAAGAAAUUACAGAAAUCCACGUUGGCUACGCCUGCGGAAAAAAGAGCCCGACCUUGACCAUGCAAUUGUCACUCCUCGAAAGGAGGACCGUCAGAGUACGAAGCUUAAAGAUGCUCUGAUGGCUCUGCCACCUUCCAGAGUCUUGACCAGUGCCUUGCCGAGAGAUGAUGGUAUCCUGGUAACCACCACUAUCCACCAAUCAACAAGCUCAUCAGCCCAUGACCCGUACGCGGAGUUGAUUGAAGCUUGCCGCAGAGGUGACAACGAUAGAGUAAAAAACCUAAUGACAAUGAUUCCUGAGGAACACAGUUCCCUAAAUAGACCCAAAAGUUGUGACUCGCUACAUCCCUGCCUAGUCCAUGCUAUAGUCUCCGGUGGACAUGUCGAGGUUAUGGAGAUAAUACUUCAACAACCUGGCUCCAAACUUAACGUUGCCCGGGUUCCGGGAGACGCGCUGUACUGCGUAAGAGGGCCACCGCUUCACCUGGCAGUAGUGAAGGGAGAUCUUCCUAUGGUGCAGGUUUUGUUAGAAAAUGGCGCUUCUGUCAAUGAGAGAUGGGCGUACGGACGACAAGCAAUUCAUUUGGCUGCAAGUAAUGGCUCUAUGGAUGUUCUCGCAGCUUUAGUUGCCGCAGGCGCUGAUGUUAAUUGCGCGGAUACAUUUGGACGCCAGCCGCUCCAUUACAUAUCAGAAUGUCAAGAUCUACCUCAUGUUAUAGAGUACCUUGCAGAGGCUGGAGCUAAUGUCAAUGGACGUACCCAUCAGAAUAAAAUCACGCCAGUACGCCUUGCUUGCAGAGAAGAUCUCGUUGGAAAUCUCAUAGCUCUUUUAUCUCUGGGAGCUCUUGCAGGUGGUUCGGAUCUUGACACAGCGAUUAUACAUGGGUCACCACUGUCGGUUGAAACUCUGCUGAGGCGCGGAAUAGAUCCGAACUGCUGCGGGUGUGAUGGGGUCACUGGUCUUCAUAGUCUCGUCUUAGCAUCCGAUACCAAUGCUCCGCGUGACGAGUCAACUGACAAAAGGAUUCUGCAGCUUCUGCUCGAACAUAUUGAUCUUCUUGCAAAGUACUAUAACGGAGAUACAGUCCUCAGUUGUCUGUUUCGUCUACUGGGAAUAUCGGAUGAAAGGAUGUUGGAGUUAGCAAGGCUCUUCCUAGCAAACCUUCCCGAACUCGCAGUCUUGGAGAAGACCUUUCUUAUAUCAAUGAUAGAUCAUCAAGAUACGAAAGAGGUUGAUAAGGAUGCUUCAGCGAGCAGCGGGAGCCUUCAAAGCAGUGCGCCCAUCGAGAUGAGAAAUUCUCUUGGGUUGAGGGAAAUUGAGGGCGAAAUGGAGGGUGAAAUGGAGGGUGAAAUGGAGGGUGAAAUGGAGGGUGAAAUGGAGGGUGAAAUGGAGGGUGAAAUGGAGGGUGAAGUGGACAGGGAAAGCCGACACUUUUAA